CUCCCAUUCAGGGUUCCUGUUACUUUUCUAUCCAACACAACCAACAAUCUUCAUACCACAACGACGAGACUCCUUUGGCAUCUCCCUUCACUCCAUCAGGCGAGGACAUUGUAUCGGAUCCAUCACACCCUUUGCUGGCUUAUCGACCUUUCUUACAUUCUCCUUCAACCACCACUGUUCGCAACACAAUGGAUAGUCUUCUUCAGCUCCAAACACAAGCUGCACACAUUCCUCCUCCAAGACGACCUCAACCUCAGCCUAUUCAAAACGUGCUUGCUGUCGGUGACGACCUAUCAGAUUCCGAUGACUUGACAAGUUUCGCCUUCUCACAUUCACAAAUGGAACUCGCCAGAUGUUCACGCUGCCGUCGCUCUCAAAGCAUCGACAUGUCAACAGGCAAGGCUGCCAACAUGGUCUCCUACGGCUUGAAUUCCUUUUACUGUCUGAGAUGCGCCAACAUCGUCGGUUUCGGCUCUCAAAGCCGCUAAAAACGCAUUCGCUGCGCUACCGGUCUCAUCUCAUCUCUCGACCUCACCACCGGUUCCUCAUCUUUUGACCAGUCCAUCGGUCACUCAUGUUACGAUCAUCACGACAUUUUCAUGCGCAGUCUGCAUGAUCUCUUUCUACGAUACAAAAACCUCUCUGGACACUUAACCAGAGUUAUGAUGGGUUCAUUCAAGGCGUUGUAGACCCAAGGGUCACUGAAGCGAGCAUUUUUGGAGUUUCUUUUGUUUGCAUUCCGGCACUGGGUCCUGUCCAGCCGGUUCAUUUUGUUAUUUUAGAUACCCCUGUUGCAUAAGCAUACUGGUUAUGCCUUCUUCGACCGAACCAAUGAACAACAUUUCUCAGACCUGCCCAAUUCU